UCCAGAGGUAAACGCGUCUUUAAAAGCGUCUUAAACAUGUCGAAAAGCGAAAUACUGAGAGCGUUAGUGACGGAGCGGCUGAGCGCGGCCGCGGAGCAGAUCUGUGCGCUGUUUGAAAGAACCAUAGCGGAAUAUGAGGAGGAACUGAGCCGCUCCAAACAGGAGAACCAGAGGAGACAGGGACUUCUCCACUCUGUCCUGGGCCCCAGAGUCCUGCUGCUCAGAGGGGGGACUGUGCAGACCAAAGAGGAGCCGGAGCAGGAGCCGGAGCCCGUCCCAGAGCAGAGUUUUCCCCCCGUGAAGAGCGAGGACUGUCCACAAACUGAAAACACCGAGGAAACACUGGGAGGUGAGGAGGACACGCAGCCUGCACACACCUCUGAGCGCGGUGCAUGCUGGGGAGCUCCACUCAGCUCCUCAGACUCAGAGGUGGAGUUCAGUGUGAUGGAUGGAGACACCCAGGUCCAGAUCACAGACGGUGUCCUCACUGCUCAAAUCUCACACGUCCCGGAGACAAACACCUCAGCGAACAGGAGAGGUGUCCACAAGAAACACCAGUGUCCUGUGUGUGACAAGAAGUUCAGGAGUAAACAACAUUUACAGACGCACAUUCGAGUCCACACCGGAGAAAAACCCCACGCCUGUUCAGUUUGUAACAGAAGGUUCAGAGACGCUUCCACACUGCGAGGACACAUGCGGAUCCACACCGGAGAGCGGCCGUUCAUCUGCGGGUUCUGUGCAAAGACAUUUACACAGAGUGCGAAUCUGCAUGUGCACGAGAAAAGAAUGCACGCAGGUCAAAUGUUCACCUGUCCAGCCUACAAAGGACACGACUCAUGAGUUUAGAGACAAAGGACACGACUCAUGAGUUUAGAGACAAAGGACACGACUCACGAGUUUAGAGGUAAAACUGGAUCUGUUUUAUUUGACAAAUGCUCCUCCACUUUCCGAAUGAGCAGCUUAAGGUGGUUUUCACACAGUGUCUCCGUGGAGCGCCCCCCAGUGGCUGUAGAUUUAGUUGCGUUCACUUGACUCUCGGGUGGGUCUCGUUCACACACACUGAGCAUCAUUCAGCCAAAACGCCAUGAGCCACGAGAGAGUCCGUCAGCUGAUCAAAGAACUUAUCUACACGACAACGAGCUUCAAGUUGACAGAACACACACACA